AUCUUAAAAUUGCUUACCUUUUCAUGUACUAAACUUCAGAACUAAUAUAUCGCUUAUCAAAACCAAUUUAUCUAAUUGGCUUGCUUAAAACCACUGUAUAAAUUUUGAUAAAUCCUGAGCGAAAGGGUUGACUUAUCACGCGUUGCAGAUGGCUCAUGACCUUUUUGAAACCCAUCGGAAAGAUCUGCAUGAUUUGUCGGAUACGAUUUGGCACAAUCCAGAGUUAGCAUUUGAAGAAAGGGCUGCCCACGAUUCCAUAACUGACUUCUUUGUUAAAGCUGGCAUAGGAACUGUGACAAAGAACUAUUUGCUGGAAACUGCCUUCAAAGUCGAAUAUGUAACUGGCAAAGGCAGCAACAAAAACACUGACAAAAAAGAAAUUCCUUGUGUCGCAUUCUUCAGUGAAUACGACGCACUUCCUGGAAUUGGACAUGCUUGUGGACACAAUCUAAUUGCAGUAGUCGGAGUUGCGGCAUUUCUCAAGUUGAUAGUAGCUUUGGACCAAAUUGGCAUACUGGCUCGCGUAGUUCUGCUGGGUUCUCCGGGGGAGGAGGGAGGGGGAGGGAAGAUCUGGCUGAAGCAGAAGGGUGCUCUGGAGGGAGUAGACUUGGCUCUCAUGUCCCACCCUGCCUCGCGCACACUGUGUCUGAAUACAAUCACACAGUCAAUCAAGAGACUCAAGGCUACUUUCCAUGGAGAAAAUGCACACGGGACAACCCCGUGGCGCGGUCGCAAUGCACUAGACGCCGCGGUGUUGGCAUACAGCAACAUCAAUGCACUAAGACACUGGAUGCAUCCUUCCAUGAGAGCACAUGGAAUAUUCACGGACGGUGGUAAGGCGCCCAACAUCAUUCCGGACAGGGCGGAGCUGCUGUUCUACUUCCGCGCACCUAACAAGAGGGAAUUGCAGCCAUUGUUGGAUAGAGCAGAGGAGUGUUUCAAGGCAGGAGCAGCAGCUACAGGAUGCACUGUCCAAAUCAGAGAGCAAAGUGUCGCGUACGACAGCGUAGUUCAGAACCCGGUACUGGGUCGCAUAUACGAGGAGAGAAUGGAAGCACUUGGCUAUAAGUUCCCACCCAAAACCGAAAGACCCUUCCGAGGCAGCACCGACAUGGGCGACGUAUCCCGGGUUGUUCCCGCCAUCCACCCGUGGUUUAGAAUCCCCUGCAACAACGCACCGGGUCAUUCGGUCCCUUUUGCAGAGGCGGCGAAAUCAGACGACUCAUUUGUAAGUGCGAUGGACUCAGCUGACGGUUUGGCUUAUACAGCUCUUGAGGUGCUGAAGAACAAAGAGCUCUUUGAAGAAAUGAAAAAGACGUUUACCGAAACUUGGAAUUCGUGAUUGUAGUUCUCAUACCAGUAUAUGAAGAUUAUAGCAGUUAAUUUAUUAAACGGACAAUUAUCAAUUGUUCAAUGUAAAUUGGAUUCAAUAUUUAUGUUUUGAAUUUUACUUUAUUUGUGUUGCUGCAA